AUGGAUAUGAAGGACAUCCGAACACAAAUGGGUCAACUAGCUACUACCGUGAACAAAUUGGAAGCACAAGCAGCUGGAAAACUUCCUUCGCAACCAUUCAAUCAUAAGGAGAAUGCCAAUGCUAUUGAGCUACGAAGUGGGAAGCAAGUAGAGAAACCGGAAACAUCACCGGUGUCCCAUGAAUCUGAUUUGGAGAAAGAAGCGGGUGAAACAGCCCCUAAAAAGGCUGACCCGGUAACAAAUUCUAACUCUAAAACUCGUGUUCCUACUUAUGCUACUCCUCCACCUUUUCCUAGCAGGUUUGCAAAGUCGAACAAGGAGACAUUGUACCAAGAGAUUUGGGAGAUCUUUAAGAAGAUUGAAGUGAACAUUCCACUCAUUGAGGCGAUAAGGCAGGUUCCUCGCUAUGCAAAGUUCUUGAAGGAAUUGUUUGAAUGUGCUUUGCUAGAUUUAGGAGCAUCCAUAAAUGUUAUGCCUGUUUCCGUUUAUGAAUCCUUGAAUCUCGGUCCUCUUAAGAAUACCGAUAUUGUUAUACAACUUGUUGAUAGAUCUAAUACUUACCCGAAAGGGGUUAUUGAAGAUGUUUUGGUGCAGGUUAAUCAACUCAUAUUUCCGGCGGAUUUCUAUGUUCUUGAGAUAAUGGAUGGGGAUUCACCAUCGUCUACUCCCUUGUUGUUGGGUAGCCCAUUCAUGAGAACCGCUAGAACGAAGAUAGAUGUUUCCAAAGGCGCCUUAACUAUGGAAUUUGAUGAUGAGAUCAUAAGUUUCAAUAUCUUUGAGGCUAUGAGAUAUCCUAGUGAUGUGCAUUCAUGUUUUUCUAUUGAUAUUAUUGAUUCUCUAGCUCAACAGAUUUUUGAGUUGAAUGGUGAUGAUGCUUUAGAAAACACCAUAGUGGAAGGUUUAGGUUAUGGAAAAUACAAAGACCUUGGAAGUGAAUUGUCUAUUUGUGAUGAACUUAAUGAGGCUGUUUUAGCUCUUAACUCAUUACAAGAAGUUCCACAAAAGUAUAAUGCGUCUUAUGUUUCCUUGCCGAUUACUAAUGAGAAACUUUUACCGUCGAUUGUGCAGGCACCUAUCCUUGAGUUGAAACCUCUUCCGGAUCACCUCAAAUACAAAUAUUUAGGUGACAAGGAAGAGUUGCCGGUGAUCAUUGCCAAGAACCUUACCAAGGUGCAAGAGGAGAAACUUGUUCGGGUGCUAAGAGAGUACAAGUCUGCCAUUGGGUGUACCAUUGCCGAUAUCAUAAGAAUCAACCCUUCCACAUGUAUGCACCGAAUACUUCUUGAGGAGGGGGCAAAACCAACAAGAGAAGCUCAACGUCGCUUGAACCCUCCGAUGAUGGAAGUAGUCAAGAAAGAAAUCCUGAAGUUGUUGGAUGUAGGAGUUAUCUAUCCCAUAUCCGAUAACAAAUUGGUGAGCCCGGUCCAAGUCAUUCCAAAGAAGUCUGGAAUCACGGUGGUGAAAAACGAAGAUAAUGACUUGGUUCCAACUAAAAUCCAGACAGGUUGGAGAGUUUGCAUUGACUACUGA